CAGUGAGUCAGGUUGAUGGUAUCAUUACACAUCGGAAUAAUAUCUGCUCUUUUACGAUGAUAUCCAGAGGCAUAUAUAUCUCAACUAUAGCAUGUUCAUCCAUCCUUCAAUUCUCACACAAACAACUUUUCACAUAGGAGUCUCGGGUUCGUUCCACGAUGUUGUCUCUAUCCAUAUCUGUUUCUUCCGACUUUACCGGAGAGACGACGGCUGUGCUUGAUGCUGUUCAAGGCUCGGACGUGGAGUCUUCAAAGGCUGAGAGUAGUGGUACCACUAGGAGGGAAGUGGCAUCACCGACUGGGGAGUCUUCGGCGUCCGGUGGUGGAGAGAGUAAUCAUGAGUCGGAAGAUACAGGUUCGCGAAACUCACAUGCGUCGUCGACCGAAACGCCUAAAACACCUACUAUUAACAGAGAAAGUACAGCAUCAAUCGUCACAGAACCUUCUGAAGCCUCGACAGAUACACACCAUGGAUUGUACAGCAACGUUUACGCGCUCUUGAUGCGAUGGGAGGAAGACGAUUUGGAGAGCACAGGUAGCGAGCUUGCUUUGUUGGAAGAUACUUUGAGAACACGGUACCGAUUCACGACCAAGACUCUUUAUAUUCCUCUGGAGAAUCCAUAUCCAGCAGUCCAAGGCGCGAUCAAGAAUAUCAAGAAUGGAGAGGAGCUCAGUCCUGAGGAUCUCUUGAUCGUUUAUUAUAUUGGACAUGGAGCGCUGCAAGACAAUAUGAGUUUUCGCAUGUCGUGCGUUCCAGAUACCUAUGAUCCCAGCCAACCCCUCCCAGGCUUCGACUGGUCCUCAAUCCAAGUCGGCCUCGAAUACAUGCCCUGCGACGUCCUCAUCCUCCUCGAUACCUGCUUCGCCGCAUCCACUGUCUCUGCCUCCCAAGCAACUGGCUCAUCCCACCGCACCGAGAUCAUCGCUGCAGGAGGAUACGCUGACCUCGUCCCCGGCUCAACCAUCAUGGGCAGUCUGCGUAGCAGGGAAGACCAGUUCUUCUUUACGCGGGCGCUGGUCGAGGAGUUGUAUGGUAGGGCGAGAUCGGCGACUCCGUUCACGGCUGCGGCGCUGCAUAGAGGGAUGUUGAGGAGGUUUGUCCUGCGUUAUGGGCUGCUUGGGAAGGAGCAGAGCUUGCUAAGAGGGAGUGCUGGUGGUGUGAUUGGGGCUGGGGGUGGGGUUUUGGGGAUGCAGUGUGUGGCGACGACGCCGGUGCAUGUUACGCUCGGUGAGGACUAUAGGCUGACGGGGAUUCCUUUGAUGUCAAGAAAGCGGUGGAAUGGGGGAGAGAAGAUGGAGGUGGGGUUGAGACCGUUAGGGCAGAAGUGGCUGUCUUUUCGGCUUGGUGCCGUGUGACAUCUAGGGGGAAUGACCAG